CUUUAAUCUUGACAAAUGGGUCACUCCAACUUCGCACCUUUUUAUCAAAUACUUUGACAAAUUCUGCACCUCACAUAUCUUCACUGAGAAUCACCAGAAUCACUGAGUCAUUCGUCGAAACUUUGAAAAAACUGAAGUUAACGUAAAUACGGUCAUUGAAAGCACUCAUUACGUGAGCUGGUACAAGGAUGACGUCAUAUGUAUAUUUAAAAGAUUUUGUUAUUACAUCGGUCUCCAAUCGGGACGAGGACAGCUUGGACAUAAACAUCAAAAAACCUGGAGAAACCGUUAAAAAUCACGCUGCACGCGCCAUCUCAUGUCCAGACUUUGUAACGGGCUAAUCCAAUG